GGUCCACCUGGCUUGCCUGGCUUGAAAGGAGAUCCAGGUUCCAAAGGAGAGAAGGGACAUCCUGGUUUGAUAGGCCUGAUUGGACCUCCAGGAGAACAGGGUGAAAAGGGUGAUAGGGGUCUUCCUGGCCCACAGGGAUCUCCUGGAGCCAAGGGUGAUGCAGGAAUUUCUGGUCCUGCAGGUCCACUUGGACCCCCUGGUCCUCCUGGUUUACCUGGUCCCCAGGGUCCAAAGGGUUCCAAAGGAUCCAGUGGUCCUGCUGGUCAAAAGGGUGACAGUGGGUUACCUGGUCCACCUGGUCCCCCAGGUCCUCCAGGUGAGGUAAUCCAGCCGCUGCCAAUCCAGUCACCCAAAAAGACAAGAAGAUCUCCUGAUUACAUGUUAUCUGAUGCUGGUGACAAUAUUCUGGAUUAUUCCGAUGGCAUGGAAGAGAUCUUUGGUUCACUGAAUUCACUGAAGCAAGAUAUUGAGCAUAUGAAGUAUCCUAUGGGCACACAGAAUAACCCAGCCCGAACUUGCAAAGACUUGCAACUCUGCCACCCAGACUUCCCAGAUGGGGAAUACUGGAUUGAUCCUAACCAGGGCUGUUCUGGAGACUCCUUCAAGGUAUACUGCAAUUUCACAGCAGGUGGAGAAACUUGCAUCUACCCGGAUAAGAAAUCUGAAGGAGUUAGGAUUUCAUCGUGGCCAAAGGAGAAUCCAGGAUCUUGGUUUAGUGAAUUUAAGCGAGGAAAACUUCUUUCCUAUUUGGAUGUUGAAGGCAAUUCCAUUAAUAUGGUCCAAAUGACAUUCCUUAGACUACUGAGUGCCUCUGCCAGACAGAAUUUCACUUACAACUGUCAUCAGUCUGUAGCUUGGCACGAUGCAUCAUCUGACAGCUAUGACAAAGCACUAAGGUUCUUAGGAUCAAAUGAUGAAGAAAUGUCUUAUGACAACAGUCCUUACAUCAAAGCUCUUCACGAUGGCUGUGCGUCAAGAAAGGGCUAUACGAAGACGGUGAUCGAAAUCAACACACCCAAAAUAGACCAAGUGCCUAUAGUUGAUGUGAUGAUCAAUGACUUUGGUGAUCAGAACCAGAAGUUUGGAUUUGAGGUUGGUCCAGUCUGCUUCCUUGGUUAAACUUAAGACAAAAUCAGAUCAACAGAAAUGUUGCACUUUGGUGCUACCAACCCACUUCAUGCCACAUGCAAGUUUUGAGUAAGGAUGGCAUAGAAAAUAUGUCUUGUUGUGUAUGUCUUACCUAGAAAGUAAUUGUUGCCCUUGUAGGGCCAGAAUCACAUGACUUAAACUUAUUUUGCAAAGAUGCUGUGGCACAGACAGACAACAUAGGGCUCACUUUAGGAACAACCCCCUUUGGAUUCCUUCGGUGCUGUAAAAAAAUGAACGACAUGGUGCUCCUUCCAUUACAACAAAGAGGUGUUAAGAAAGUGUUGAAUAAACUGUAAUUAUUCUAUGUACAGUACUGUACUGGUAUUUCUCUGUCCAUUUCCAAAACUUGCAUGUGUCUUUGAAUUGCAUCUGGCUCUCAUUUUAUAAUUACAAAACUCCAUUGUCAGUACUGUGUCUGUAUUCUGAAAAAAUAAAGCUGUACUUGCCAGUGAAGCCAAUUCUGAUUAAUAAUAAACUCCCU